GAUCAGCCUGUCGAAGGCCGUCUGGGCCCCCAGCCGGUCGUCCUGGAUCACACCAGCGGCUUCGAAGGACUUCUGUUUGUAGAUGACGACCUGCUCGGGGUCAUCGGCCACAGCAACUUCAGCUCCAUCAGAGCCACCACAUGUGUUUAUAAAGGGAAAUGGGCGUACGAGGUGCUGAUCUCCUCCCAGGGUCUGAUGCAGAUCGGGUGGUGUACUCUCAACUGUCGCUUCAACCAGGAGGAGGGCGUGGGCGACACUCCUGACUCCUACGCUUACGAUGGAAACAGAGUGCGAAAGUGGAACGUGACCACCACUAACUAUGGAAAGUCGUGGGCAGCUGGAGACAUCGUCAGCUGUCUGAUAGACCUGGACGAGGGAACCAUCACGUUCUGCUUGAACGGCCAGUCUCUGGGCACAGCGUUCACCGACAUCAAGAUGGGUCCAGGCGUGGCGUACUUUCCCGCCAUCAGCCUCUCCUUCAAAGAGUCGGUGGCCUUCAACUUUGGCAGCAGACCUCUCAGGUACCCUGUGGAAGGCUACCUGCCCCUCCAGAACCCCCCAACUGCAGACUUGGUGAAAGCUCAGAAACUCCUGGGCUACAUCAAGAACGUCCUCUCCACCUCCCUCGACACGCAGGAGGAGAGGUUGGUGGAGCAGGACUGUGCAGCCUGGAGGCUUCACGGAGAACCCACGGUCCUCGUCACUCUGGCCCACAUCUUCAACCACUUCGCUCCAUUAAUGUGUAAAGUUUACCUGGUGGAGGACGUGCUGAUGAACUUCCUGUUGGGGAUUCUGGAGGGAGGAGGCUCAGUGGAUGAACAUCCGCUCAUACAGCAGCUUCUGGAUCUCUUCUGGCUGCUAAUGGAGGACUAUGAAGUGAAUGAGUGUCUAAAGCAGCUGAUGAUGUCCCUGCUGAGGGCCUACCGCUUCUCCCCCAUCAUCCCCGACCUGGGCUUCCAGAUCCACUACCUGCGUCUGACCACGGCCAUCCUGCAUCACGAGAAGUCCAGGAAAUACCUGCUGAACAACGUCUUGUUCGAUGUUCUGCGUUCGGUCGUGUUUUUUUACAUCAAGACUCCGCUGAGAGUGAAGGAGGCGGGGCUAGAGGAGCUCAUCCCGACCACCUGGUGGCCCACGCACUUUGACAAGGAGGGGAAAGAUGAGCGGGAGCCCAAAGACGAAAGUGCAGAUGAGCGACUGAGGCGGCGAGCGUACGAGAGAGGCUGUCAGAGACUGAAAAAGAGGAUUGAAGUUGUGGAGGAGUUGCAGGUCCAGAUCCUGAAGUUGCUGCUCAAUAACAAAGACAAAGCUACGGGGGAAGCCUCUCGCUACAUUUUCCUCAAUAAGUUCAGGAAGUUUCUCCAAGAAAACGCCAGCAACAGAGGGCACCCGACAGCGCUGUGCCCUCCAGAGUACAUGGUGUGUUUCCUCCACCGCCUCAUAACGGCUGUGAGGGCCAGCUGGGACGAAGGCAACAGGAAGACUCCUGGCAGCGUCAGCAGUGAAGAGGCCUACGUCCCUCCCCAGCUCUUCUACAACGGGAAGGUGGACUACUUUGACCUACAGAGACUCGGGGGCCUCCUCUCCCACCUGAAGAAAACACUCAAAGAUGACUUGGCCAGUAAAGCCAACAUUAUCAUCGACCCUGCAGAGAUCCAGGCCACAUCUAUGGACGACCUGGAUGAGGAUGAGGAGAGCGGAGCAGCUCAGAGGCCGUUCGGUGCUGCGGCGAUGGGUGGCGCUCUGGCGAGGCCCAGCUGGUUGAGCUCUCCCACGCUGGGUCGAGCCAACCGUUUUCUGAGCACGGCCGCCGUCAGCCUCAUGACUCCCAGACGACCCCUCACACAGCCGGAGAAAGUGAAAGUCCGGACCCUCGCUGUGGAGCAGAGGACCGAGGAGGACAUCGAGGGAAGCCACGGUAACGACGGGCUGCUGCUGGGGCGACCGGUGGAGGAGCCCGAUCAGCCAAUCGCAGACAAGUCCCUGCUGGAGAUUGUGGACGGAAUUGUGAUGAUGUACAACCUGAGUGUUCACCAGCAGCUGGGAAAGAUGGUGGUGGUUUCAGAUGACGUGCACGAGUACGCCGUCGCACUGAAGGACACCGAGGAGAAGAUCGCACGAUGCCCUGCGAGAAGACCAGACAUCCUGGAGGAGCUCCAGAAAAGCCAGAAGGUUUUUGCAGAGAAGCUGAACCACCUGAGCCGGAGACUGGCCUGGAUCAACGCCACCAUCUACUCCAAGGACAAGAUGUUGGAUGUGUACUGGCUGCUGUGUGUUUGCAUUCGGACCAUCGAACACGCCGACAACACCGGGUCUUUGUUCGCCUUCGCUCCAGAGUUCUACCUCAACGUGGCCAUGAAUGCAUACAGCGCCCUCAAGAACUACUUCAGCCCUGCAAACAGCAUGGAGGAGCUGCCAGGCUACGAGGAAACCUUGACUCAGCUAGCUGCUAUCCUUGCCAAGCACUUUGCUGACCCACGUAUUGUAGGAACAGAUAUCAAAGACUCUCUGAUGCAGGCUCUGGCCAGCUACGUCUGUUACCCACAAUCCCUCAGGGCAGUGGAGAGGAUUCCAGAGGAACAACGUGUUGCCAUGAUGAGGAAUCUGCUGGCUCCGUAUGAACAGAGACCCUGGGCUCAGACCAACUGGAUACUGGUCAGACUGUGGAGGGGCUGUGGUUUUGGCUACAGAUACACUCGCCUUCCUCACCUCCUGAAAACCAAACCAGAGGACGCCAACCUUCCCAGUCUGCAGAAGCCGUGCCCGUCGUUGCUGCUGCAGAGGCACAUGGCGGAGCUGCUGAGCAUGGACAAGGACAUGGCCGCCUCCUUCCUCAACAGCGUCCUGAACCAGCUCAACUGGGCCUUCUCCGAGUUCAUCGGCAUGAUCCAGGAGAUCCAGCAGGCUGCAGAGCGUCCAGAGAGAAACUUUGUGGACACUCGUCAGCUGAAGGUUUGCGCCACCUGCUUCGACCUGUCGGUCAGCCUGCUGCGAGUGCUGGAGAUGACGGUCACUCUGGUACCGGAGAUCUUCCUGGACUGGUCCCGUCCCUCUGCAGAGCUGCUGCUCAGACGACUGGCUCAGCUGUUGAACCAGGUGCUGAACAGAGUGACGGCAGAGAAGAACCUGUUUGAUCGCGUCGUCAACUUGAGACUGCCAGGUCUGGAGAGCGUAGACCACUACCCCAUCCUGGUGGCUGUUACAGGCAUCCUGGUGCGAAUCCUGGUGGACGGAGACAGACAGGGCUUUCCUGUUCCGGUUCACCCUCAAAGCGUCAUUUUCAGGAUCUCUCGAGCCGCCUCCGUCCUGCUCUCUGACCCCUGUUUCCAGCUCCACUCCAUCCAGCACCUGUUAGGAGAGGGAGCAGAGUCCACCAGCUCCUCAGCAGCCAUCACCUCCACCGCCCGUCCCGUCGUCGGGUCCCUGGGGUCGACCGUGGCCCCUCAGAUCCCUUCAGCCGCUGGAAACGGCUCUUCGGAGCGGAAGCACUUCUCCCUGCACGCAUACACAGACUACAUCAGCGAGGAGGAAAAACAGAAGGUGGAGCUGAUGUUGUCGUUUCUCACAGAGGAAUCCAAACAGGCUGCAGCCAGCACAGCUCCGACCAGCGAAGAAGACCUCUGCCCCAUCUGCUACGCUCACUCCAUCUCUGCCGUCUUCAAGCCCUGCUCCCACAAGUCCUGCAAAGCCUGUAUCAACCAGCAUCUGAUGAACAACAAGGACUGUUUCUUCUGCAAAGCCACCAUCACCGGGGUCGAAGACUACAGCAAGCCCGCCGCCUCCUAACACACACACACACACACACACACACACACACACCACUGAACCCAAAGAUUUCUCACAGAGGUCUGUACUGUAUGUUUGUUUUGGAUUCUCCACAGAACGUCUUCUCGCUCUAACUUAAGAAACAUUGAGGGUUGAGAUUUUGGAGCCGUUUGUCCCGUUGUUACCUUUACUUCUGGUUUGGGAGGAAGUUAGCGAAACAAACACCGUGUGUGAGUGAAUGUGUGUUAUGACUAAAGUCACGUGUACUGUACAAAGAAAAAUGCUGAAUUACUGUCAGACGAGACGUUGAUGUGCGAGACUGAAAGCUGAGUCAGGAGCAGGAUAUUAUCGGACAUGCAGAGUGUCUGAUAAUAUCGGUGUUGGUCACAUACAUGUAUUUAAACACUUUACAAGCGCUGGUUCCCACCAUGGGUUAGGCCCCCCCUAAUGGGUCCCAAGAUACAUCUGAGGAGGUCGUAAGAUCAUUUAAAGAUUCAAAUAUUUUUCCCCGGCUUUUUAAAAAAACACAAAUUGAAACAAUCUGACAAAAUUAAACCGUCUUUCUGGUGUGUUCAGAUUUAAACGACACUAAAUCUCUGGUGUCCAACACAUCUGUAAGAUUUAACUCCCCACACAUAUAUUACAAUAAAUACUUUUGUUUUGCAGACACCCUCCUUGGGUUUUUUACUCGCGGGGGAUGCAUCUAAAAUUGCACAUCUUAAACAGUCGGCCUGAUGGUCGCACGUCUAAAACCGGACAGAUGCUGUACAGACGAAGACUGUUCAAGGUCACGACGUCUGAUUAAUCUGAUCGGUUGGUUUUCGGGCAACGUCGUGAAUUAAUAAAAAUGUACAGUGUCUGCUCGGCUGAAAACAUUCACACCUGCAGAUCAUUCGGAUCCACUGAGGGAGGAGGACGAGAAACAUCCUGCAGGAAGACCUCAGUUUGACCAGUUUAAAACGAUCACCUUCCUGCUAGACUUGCCAAUAGAUUUUACUUCCCAAGUUCUGUGAUGUUGAUACACAAACACAGAUUUCUAUUAUAAACAGCUGAUGCAGCAGUGAAAAAAAAACACACAGUUUCUGCUGUUUUUUCUUACCAAGAAAACAGGACACACACAAACAUGUCUGCGCUGUGACAAACAAUCAUGAUGUAGAGAGACGACAGGACUCUGUGUUCUUAGUACAACAACAACAACACACAGUCCUGUGGCACUAACUUUGUAGGGUCUCGUUAUGCAUUCAAGAGCUGGCUGUCAUAGUAACACAACAAGUCACCUGUAGCUGUCAGUGCAGGUACACCGUUAUACAAGCCCUUACAGGAACAGGAUGGCAGGCCUAGACCUUUACCUACAUGCUGGAACCUGACAUGAACCCUAAAACCAAGUCUUGACCCUCAGAAAGCACAUUAAAAUUGUGGGGUCCAGCAUUUUGGACCCCACAAAUACAGUAAAACAAGCUCAAACACACACACACACACAGGCUAAACUGAAGCGGCCAAACAACUCCCCAAUAAAAUAAAAAGUCCUCCAUGGGAGGACAGCAGCGUCCUUGAGUGAGAGAACUAGCUGUCAAAUUAGCACAACAAUUCACCUGUAGCUGUCAGUGCAGGUACACACACACACACACACACACACACAGCUACACACACUCCUCUACAAGCCCUUACAGGAACAGGAUGGCAGGCGUGUGCCACACAAUAACACAUACAGGCAGGGAACAUGAAAGCUCAUACCUCACCCCACCUGUGGAUGGAUGGAUUACUGAACGGGCCCACCAGGUACAGACUUCUGCACCAGGGGUCCGAGGAGUCGGGGGGGGGCGCUGACUAGAGCAUCUGUACUGUAACGUUCAACACAUCUUGUUAGAGGAUCAGACAAACUCACAGAGACACAAAACUUUGUUGUCGUUUUUUUGUCUUGCUUCUGUCUGGGGGGCCCGUUGUCUCACAAAUCCAUCCGUGACCCCGGCCUACAGGUGCGCAAAUACUUUCACACAAACGUACUGUAAACAUGAUCAACACAUUACAGGGAGUACAGCCAUUGUUACUUAGAAAACACACUUUAACAAACGCUGUUUCAUCACACUUUAAGUCCCUCAUACGCUGCUGGAGAGAAAAGUAAUGUGACAAACUUGUUUCUAGAGUUAAACAUGUAGUGAAAUCCUCUUCUCUUUCUUACAGUGAAUAUGAAGCUACGGCCUGCUUGUCUUAGCUUAGCAUAAAGAAAACAGGGAAAUAACCGGCUGUAGCUUCAGAAUUUUUCUCCCUCAAGUAUUAAAACGAUUCCUGAUUGACUUUUUAGUUGAAACUGCUUUGAUGUACCUGAACUUUCCACUGUGUGAAUCCGAUAAAUGUCCAUCACGUCUUUAGAGAAACCUGCAGAGCUUUUCCACAGGCUAAAGGGACAGUUCACACUAACAGAAACCGUUUUGUCUUUGAGAGACUUUAAUUUAUUUUGGGAACAUGGAGAAACCUGGCUGUUACCUUUUGGGUGUUGAAGUUAUUGGGAUCUUUAAGAAUGUGUCUGUUUAUAAUCUUCAUUUCACUGAAACUGAACCCACAUCAGAUUUAACCUCCCUGACUAAAAGUGUGUGUUGGAAAACAAGCGGGACACUUUCAGAUCAUGACUUGGAUUAUUUCCUGUCCUGUAGGUUGUCCUGCACGUUUGAUGGUGGUAAAUAUGUUUGCUUGACGUCUGUAAGCAGUGUGAAGACUCAAACGAGACUUCUCCAGGAGGAUGUAAAUCACUGCAGCAGAUAGAUUGAAUGUAUUUUAAAUGUUGGAUUUAGUGUUUUUAAACGCAUCUAAAAGCAUGUUGAACAGUU